AUGGAGUGGAAAUCAGCAUUGUUUCAAGUUUGCAUUUUUGUUAUUUAUUUGAUCCAUAUGUUUAAUUUAAAUUUGCAUGGCUUUUCAAUAGGAUGUGCCCGCGCGCUCGCCCCGCCCCCUCGUAGCCGUCAGGUUUUUGUCAGCAUCUCCUGUCGUCCCGCCCACUUGUCUCGUGCUAGGGGCUGUGGCUGCACUUCCUCCCUCUCCCCGUCGCUCCGCCCCCUUGGCGCGGGGACCUUCUCCUAGCCUUCCUCCGGCGGUCGCUCCUGUCUCCUCCAGUCUCAGCCUCCCUCCACCUCGCCCUGCCCAGACUCCACGUCCCCUCGUAGCCCCGUCCCUCUCCCGGGCUCUCUGCGCUCCUCCGGCCGCCAGCGGGCGCUGCAGCGCCCUACGUGUCACGCCAACCAAGGGGCACUGCUGCUGCUGCUGCUGCUGCGGCGGCGGCUGCCGUGGCUGUGGGCCAGGAGGUGAGACCAGCGGCUCCUAGAGCCCGAAGCCGAGUUGUUUCUCCCGCCAUCUCCAGCGCAACCCCUCGCCGCCAUGGCCGUGAAGGACCCCACGGCCGUGGAGAGAGCCAACCUGCUGAACAUGGCCAAGCUGAGCAUCAAAGGGCUCAUCGAGUCGGCCCUGAGCUUUGGCCGCACCUUGGACUCGGACUACCCUCCUCUGCAGCAGUUCUUUGUGGUCAUGGAGCACUGCCUGAAACACGGCCUGAAAGUAAGAAAAUCUUUUCUGAGUUACAACAAAACAAUCUGGGGGCCCUUGGAGCUGGUGGAGAAACUGUACCCAGAAGCAGAGGAGAUAGCAGCUAGUGUCAGAGAUUUGCCUGGACUUAAGACACCCCUGGGUCGUGCCAGAGCAUGGUUACGAUUAGCUCUCAUGCAAAAGAAAAUGGCUGAUUAUCUGCGCUGUUUAAUAAUUCAAAGGGAUCUCCUAAGUGAAUUCUAUGAAUAUCAUGCCCUAAUGAUGGAAGAAGAAGGAGCAGUUAUCGUUGGGCUUCUGGUAGGCCUGAAUGUGAUCGAUGCUAAUCUUUGUGUAAAGGGAGAAGAUUUGGACUCACAAGUUGGGGUAAUUGAUUUUUCUAUGUAUUUAAAGAAUGAAGAGGAUAUUGGAAGUAAAGAAAGGAAUGUUCAGAUUGCUGCCAUUUUGGACCAAAAGAAUUAUGUUGAAGAAUUAAAUAGACAACUGAACAGCACAGUCAGCAGCCUCCAUUCAAGAGUUGAUUCAUUAGAAAAGUCAAACACUAGACUGAUUGAAGAGUUAGCAAUAGCAAAGAACAAUAUCAUUAAACUCCAAGAAGAGAACCAUCAGUUACGAAGUGAAAACAAACUGAUCUUAAUGAAAACACAACAACAUUUAGAGGUGACAAAAGUCGAUGUGGAAACUGAGCUGCAGACGUACAAACAGUCUCGCCAGGGCCUGGACGACAUGUACAAUGAGGCACGCAGACAGCUCCGAGAGGAGUCUCAGCUGCGACAGGAUGUGGAGAAUGAGCUCAUGGUGCAAGUGAGCAUGAAACACGAGAUUGAGCUCGCCAUGAAGCUGUUGGAAAAAGACAUCCAUGAGAAGCAGGACACACUGAUAGGUCUUCGCCAGCAGCUGGAGGACGUGAAAGCCAUUAACAUUGAGAUGUACCAGAAGCUGCAGGGUUCUGAAGAGGGAAUGAAAGAAAAGAAUGAAAUAAUUGGUCGACUGGAGGAUAAGACCAAUAAGAUCACUGCUGCCAUGAAACAGCUGGAGCAAAGAUUGCAGCAAGCAGAGAAGGCUCAAAUGGAAGCCAAGAAUGAGGAUGAGAAAUUUGAACAAGAAUGUCUGAGUCAGUCUGACAGCCUACAGAAACAAAUAUGCCAAAAGGAGACACAACUGGCUCAGUUGGAAACAGAUUUGAAGAUUGAAAAGGAAUGGAGGCAGACUUUGCAAGAGGACCUCCAGAAGGAGAACGACGCACUCUCUCACCUGAGACAUGAGACACAACAAAUCAUUAGUCUUAAAAAAGAAUUUCUCAGUCUCCAGAAUGAAAAUCAGCAAUUGAAAAGAAUAUAUCAGGACCAGGAACAAGCCCUUCAAGAACUUGGCAACAAGCUCAGCGAAUCGAAACUUAAAAUAGAAGAUAUAAAAGAGGCCAACAAAGCUUUACAGGGUCAAGUUUGGUUGAAAGAUGAAGAAGCCACCCACUGUAAGUUGUGUGAAAAGGAAUUCUCACUUUCUAAGAGAAAGCACCACUGUCGGAACUGUGGGGAGAUCUUCUGUAACGCCUGCUCGGACAACGAGCUGCCUUUGCCUUCGUCCCCCAAGCCUGUCCGAGUGUGCGAUUCCUGCCACGCUCUGCUGAUCCAGAGAUGCUCGUCUACCGUGCCCUGA